UCUCCCCCUCCACUCUCCCCUCCGGUCCAAAUAUCCAUCCCUACAUACAAGCCACGCAUCUCGCGCUCCGUUUCCCCAUUAUAGCAGAGCACUGAACAGGUCGCGGCCCCCCGUCCUGAAUCCUCUCGCUCACUCGCUCCACCCCUCCACGUCCCUUGGCUGGUGGCCUGGCAUCGCACGCCGCCUUCCUCGCAACAACGCCGGGCAAUGGGGAACCCACCGGAGCUCUACUACAAGCUGCUCAACAUCACCAAGGACACGCCCCCGCAGGAGAUCAGGGCGGCGUACAGGUGCCUGGUGCGCCAAUGGCACCCCGACAAGCACCCGCCCUCCUCCAAGUCCGAGGCCGAGGACCGGUUCAAGGCCAUCACCCAGGCGUACGAGGCUCUACUCGACCAGCAGGAGAACAGGGCGGUGCUCCGGGCGUGCAACGCCGACGCCGCCGACGCAGGGAGGAGGAGCUGGGCUAGGGCCGAGGAGGGCGCGGCGGCGAUGGCGCGGGGUCCCGAGAGGGCGAGGACGAGCGGAGCGCCGCCGCCCCGCACGCCUCCGGCGAGGGAGUCCCAGAAGGUGUACAGCUCCACGGACAUCGGGGGCGGGGGCCGGCGCGCGUUCGCCGAGUUCUCCAGCUACGUGGUGCGCAAGGCGCCGCCGUUGGAGCGCAAGGUGGAGUGCACCCUGGAGGAGCUCUACGCCGGGUGCAAGAAGGAGGUCAAGUACACCCGCGACGUCGUCACCAAGAACGGGCUGAUUGUCAAGAAGGAGGUGACGCAGACCAUCCGGGUGAAGCCCGGGUGGAAGAAGGGGGCCAAGGUGACGUUCGAGGGCAUGGGCAACGAGCGGCCCGGCUGCCUCCCCGGCGACGCCGUCUUCACCGUGUCGGCCAGGAGGCACAAGGCGUUCAAGCGGCAGGGCGACGACCUGGUGCUCAAGGCCGAGGUGCCGCUGGUGAGCGCGCUCACCGGCUGGUCCUUCUCCUUCCGCCUGCUCGGCGGCGAGAAGGUCAGCUGGUCGUUCCGCGACGAGGUCAUCAGCCCCGGGUACGAGAAGGUGGUCAGGGGGGAGGGCAUGCCCGUCAUCGGCGGCAGGAAGGGCGCGCGCGGGGAUCUGCGGGUCAAGUUCGACGUGGUGUUCCCCAAGAACCUCACCGACGAGCAGCGGAGGGGCCUCGUCGAGAUACUGAGGGGCUGUCCCUGAAGCCCUAAACUGAACUGAGAGCGGACAGCCGAGCAGCUAGCCUACCGGGGAGUGAAAUUUUCUCGCGGCCAUGUCAAUGCACUUUGGGACACAACUGAUGAUCGAUGGUGUCCUUGUACAUAGAGAUUUUGAAUGUGAGAUGUGAGCGACCCUCCUGUUUUUGCAGAUGCAUGGAAGGAUCGAUAAUACACGCAUGGACGGUGGUUGCAA